CAAAGCAGUGCCUCUCAGUAUCCCAACUUGAAACCAUGCCCAACGAGAAUGAUUGGGAAGAAGUUAGGAGCCAAAUCCGUGACUAUAUGAUAACUUCCAGGGCGUCGGAUGGUGAUGUGCAGCGCAUGUUUAGUAGUGGCCCCGCGGGAUGGGAAAGCCAGACUGUAUGAGCUGUGCACCUUCUAUCGUGAGGUUACGCUGCAUAUGCAGUCAGAUAAAAGGAUAGCAAUCUGGCCGAAAGACGCGCCCUGGUCAACCAAAACGGGGGCGACUUGGCCAGUAGGGGACUAUUUUCUUUUCCAUGAGCGCUGCUGGCAGUAUUUGAUCAAGUGCUUUGGGCAAGAGUUCAUCGGCCUUGAGAAACUAUACGAUGCCCUAAGAAUGCCCCCGCCACCUAAAGGCGAGUAUAUGUCGCACACCGUUUUGGCAGAGUUGACAGUUGACAACUGAUUUAUUUCCUUAAAGAUCCGUCCUUCUUACGUGUGGCCGAUUACUAUCCUUGUCUCGUCUGGCUGGGAAGAGCUCUUGAGGGACACACAGACUCCCCCAGCACCUUCAAGGAGAGUGGCGCUGAGGAUGAAAAAGUGGUGCAACCCAA